GGUAGACGAAUCAGGUGAAGAAAUGAUGAACUUUCCAGUUAUUUUGACAUUUGACAGUAGUUGGUAAUUAGAAAACAUUAGGAUUUAAUACCGAAAACAAUUAUGACAAAAUAUUAUCAGUCGUCAAAAUUUUUCUGUUUGAUAAUGAAGAAGGAGAAUAAUUUCAAUCGGACGAUUUAAGAAGUUUUGGGUAUCAAUGGCAAAUAUAAAUUGGUACCCAGCUAAAAUAAAAUGUUCAGAGGAAGAUCCUAUCUUGAACGAGAAACAAAUUUCACUGCAUUCGCUAGCUGAUAUACAGUUACGGUUUUUGUGCCCAGAUGAUUUGGAUGAAGUCAGGGGGUUAUGCCAGGAUUGGUUUCCAAUUGAAUACCCAUUCUAUUGGUAUGAACAAAUUACCUCAACAAAUAGUAAGUUUUAUUCAUUGGCUGCAGUCUACAAUCAGCGAAUAAUUGGCCUUAUAGUGGCUAGAAUCAAGUCAUAUUCCCACUUAAAUGAGGAAGAUCGGGGUAUUCUCGCCAAAUCUCUAUCUGAUUAUGACAUUGGCUAUAUACUUUCACUGGGAGUGCUGAAAGAGUAUCGGAGGAAUGGAAUUGCCUCGCUUCUUCUGGAUUCAUUUCUCAAACAUCUCUUAACAGAUGAAAGGAGGCGUGUCAAAGCUGUGUUUUUACAUGUUCUCACAACGAAUUCUGCUGCCAUACUAUUUUAUGAACAAAAAAAAUUUAGGCUACAUAGUUUUCUACCUUACUAUUAUUCUAUCAAUGGAAAAUGUAAAGACGGAUUUGUGUAUGUAUUAUAUAUCAAUGGAGGACACCCACCAUGGACGAUAUUCGAUUAUAUAAAGUUCAUGUGCGGCAAAGUGAUAAACGGAGUGGCGAUAUUUCCUUGGGCAGUAUUCAAAAUGAACAAAAUGCUGCACUGGAUCUGGAGAGAGGAGACCGGUGAUCAACACCAAGAUUACUAAACAAAUUAGAACUAGUCGCCAAAAAUUAUUUGUUAUUCGAUUUUGUACGGAAUAUUUAUUCAAACCUAUUGAUAUUAUAAAAUUUUGUUAUAUAAUUAUAGGUAUAUGAUACUGUUCUGUUCGAUUGGGAACCUAUUUUAUGGUAUCAGUAUUAUGCGUAUUAGACUAGAUGUCAUGGGGUCAAUUAAAAGUGGUUCCGCAGAAGUAUUGCUAUUUGCAAGGAUAAAAAUGAACUAGCGUUGUAGAAAUUGCUUUAAAAUAUUUUGCCACCAAAUCAAGUAGCAGAUGGUAUUGCUGAAUACAAUUUAUUGGAAGGUUUUUCGCAAAAUACUCACUCUAUAGUAAGUUUCCUCGGGCAUAAGUGACAGAUGUAAGAUAAAGUAUCUAUCAAGUAAGUUGGUAAAAAAAAUUAUCAGGGCGGAUACCAAAAAUAAAACGCUACGUGCUACCGGAUUAAAAACCAUCAUCAAUUUCGACCAUUUGUCUUCUAUUGCAGGUGACUAUUAGGUUGUUUCAAAAGUUUUGUCCAUAU